CCUGUCCCCACACGGGCAGAGCGGGGCCGUGCCGGGCUCCUCCCGCGGCGGGGCCGGCCCGGGCUGAGGGGGCGGCCCGGCCGCGUUUGGCGCCAUCGCCGCCAUGGAGCCGGAGCGGCUGCGGCGCCGCCUCAGCUCCGCGUUCCGGCUGCGGGGGCUCCUCCUGCGCCCGGAUGCCCUGAAGUAUCUCACUGAAGCUUUCCAGUCCACCAGUGAGGGGGAACUUGACGAUAUAAUUGAAAAUGUCAUCGAUGCAGUUGAAAAACAGUCUUUGUCAUCCAAUAUGAUCGAGCAGCCCGUGGUGGAAGCAGCAGUCCAGGAAUGCAGCCGGGCCCCGGAUGAGGCCAUAGAAAAUGUUUUCAACAUUAUUGGAGCCUUUGACAUUCCACGCUACAUUUAUAAUUCAGAAAGAAAGAAGUUUCUGCCCCUGUCCAUGACUGACCUGCCUGGGCCGAGUUUGUUUGGGACUGCCAGGGACAAGGCGGAGCUGUUCCGGGAGCGCUACUCCAUCCUCCAGCAGAGGACUCACAGACAUGAGCUGUUCACUCCUUCACCAGUUGUUGCUCAUCCUGAUGAUAGCAAGAGCAAAUUCCAGCUGAAGACAGUAGAAACUCUCUUGGGCAAUACAGCUAAAGUAGGAGAAGUGAUUGUGCUUGGGAUGAUCACUCAGCUCAAGGAGGGGAAGUUUUUCCUAGAAGACCCCACAGGAGUGGUGCAGCUAGACCUUAGUAAAGCACAGUUCCACAGUGGGUUAUACACUGAAGCCUGCUUUGUUCUGGCAGAAGGCUGGUAUGAAGAUGAAGUUUUCCAUGUGAACGCUUUUGGAUUUCCUCCCACUGAGCCUUCUGCUACCACGAGAGCCUUCUAUGGGAAUAUAAAUUUCUUUGGAGGGCCUUCCUCCCUGUCAGUGAAGGCCUCUGCGAAGCUGAAGCAGCUGGAGGAGGAGAACGAAGAUGCCAUGUUUGUGUUUGUGUCUGACGUGUGGCUGGACCAGGCUGAGGUGCUGGAGAAGCUUCGCACCAUGUUUUCGGGUUAUUCCUCUGCACCUCCCACCUGCUUCUUCUUCUGUGGAAAUUUUUCAUCUGCGCCAUAUGGCAAAAAUCAAAUCCAGUCCCUGAAAGGUUCUUUAAAGGCUCUGGCAGAUAUUAUAUGUGAACAUCCCAGCAUCCAUAAAAGUAGUCGAUUUGUGUUUGUCCCUGGUCCUGAAGAUCCUGGGCCUGGUUCUAUUUUGCCAAGACCCCCCCUGGCUGAAAAUAUCACUCAGGAAUUCAGACAGCUGGUGCCAUUUUCAGUUUUCACCACAAAUCCCUGCAGGAUUCAAUACUGCACCCAAGAAAUUAUCAUUUUUCGGGAAGAUCUGAUCAACAAAAUGUGCAGGAACUGUGUCCGCUUCCCAAGCAGCAACAUGGACAUUCCCAACCACUUUGUGAAGACGAUUUUAUCCCAGGGCCACCUGAGCCCGCUGCCCCUGUACGUCAGCCCGGUGUUCUGGGCCUACGAUUACUCCCUGCGGGUUUACCCCGUGCCAGACGUGCUCGUCACCGCCGACAAGCACGACCCCUUCACCGUCACCAGCGCCGAGUGCCUCUGCAUCAACCCCGUAAGCCCCAAACCCCCCUCCCUCACUGCCUGCACUGCCCUUCCCUCACUGAAAUGUGAUUUUUUCCCCCUUUUCCUUCCACAGGGUUCGUUUCCCAGAAGUGGAUUUUCCUUCAAGGUGUUCUACCCCUCCAACAAGACAGUUGAAGACAGCAAGCUUCAAGGACUCUGAAUUUCUGUGGCACUGAAAAACAGCGGUGAACCCAUGUGAAGCCAGCUGUAGCUCUUAUUUUUUACAUGCCUUAGUUUCAUGAUGUGUUCUGGACUUUUUAUAAUGAAUGUCAAAGUCAAAACCGAUUUGUUUUGUACACAAAUAAACUUUUACAGAAAAAGA